CACAUAAUGAAACUAGUAUAUAACUGACAGAUGGUGUUAUUUGCUCAGAUAAUUGCAAAAUUAAAUUACUUUGCACAUUUACGUCAUAAGUACAACAGGUGGAGAGAGGAAAAGAGGGAAAUGUGUAGGCACACGUAGAAUAGGAUGUGUAGGUUGAAUACAAUUGGAUGCUAGACAAUCGAGAAAAAUUGGAAACUGGAAGAAGCGGUUUGCUUGUGUUGACGUAUUUACAUACUAAUUGACAUUCGGUUGAUUUUGAUUGAGUUUUUGUCACAAUCAACAGAACAGUGCUUAUACUUAUUUUAUGAUGCGAUCCAGUCUGUAGACGUGUGGUGUGUUAUCAUUGUGAUUAUUGUAUUGCUUGACAAUUGAGUAACUUUUGGUUAACCAAAAAGAAAUUGCUUGCGCACGAAUACGGUUGAAUAUUUAUUUCAAAAUCGAUUGUUUACUUGAUAAUGGGUAACCAUAUGUUUUAUUUAAGAAGCUCAGUUAUUUUUAUUUGUUUGCAAUUAGUGCUGUCUCUUCAUGUAAAAAAGUUUCCUCUAUUGAUGCCAAAGGUUCAUCCAGACAGGGAGGAACUGUAUUUAUGCACCCCUGUCAGAGUAGCCCUUGACAAAACUUUCUAUAUUGUUGGUUUUGAACCAAAUGCCACAAUGCAAACUGCCCAUCAUAUGUUAUUAUAUGGUUGUGCAAAACCUGGUACUGAUGACAUUUAUUGGGACUGUGGUGAAAUGGCCAUGUCAAGUCCAAAUAAUAGUACUUUACAGAAAGCAAGUCCAUGUAAGGAAGGUUCCCAUGUUAUUUAUGCCUGGGCUAGAGAUGCUAAACGUCUUCAGUUGCCUGAAGAUGUUGGAUUUGAAGUUGGUCCUGGCACUCAGAUUCAGUAUUUAGUAUUACAAGUACAUUAUGCACAUAUUGAUAAAUUCAAAGAUGGAAGCACAGAUGACUCAGGUGUAUUUUUAUUAUAUACGGAAGAAAGGCAGAACAAAUUAGCUGGAGUUAUUUUGCUGGGAACAGGAGGUGCCAUUCCUCCUAAUUCAAUUACACACAUGGAGACAGAUUGUAAAAUUAAUGAAGAUAAAAUUAUUUAUCCAUUUGCAUAUCGAACACAUACCCAUAGUUUAGGUAGAGUUGUCUCUGGAUACAAAGUUCGACGAGAUAGAUAUGGACUUGACCAUUGGACACUGCUAGGGAAAAGGAAUCCACUAACACCACAAACAUUUUAUCCUGUGUUUAACCGAGAUCCUGUAUUGCCAGGUGAUGUUUUGGCAGCAAGAUGUACUAUGGAGAACAAGAAGAAUACAUACACACAUGUAGGGCUUACUAAUAACGAUGAAAUGUGCAAUUUCUAUCUCAUGUAUUACGUAAAAGAAGGCACCCCGUUAGAGAAGCAAUAUUGUUUUACAAGUGGGCCCCCAUAUUUCUAUUGGAACAUGGAAGACCAAUUGAAUAAUAUACCAGAUGUUGAUGCUUCGAUGUUGUAAUUUCUAUCCUAAAUGUGAUCUAUACAUUCCUCUCUCAACAUGCAAGGCUACUGAAUUUUCUUGAGAUUGUAAUAUUAUUUUUCUAUGAUAUAUUUUAGUUGGUAAGUUUUACAGAACAAAACUAUAUUCAUAACGCUUUCCUCGCACAAAGACAUCAACAUUUUUAUUUACUAACAUUAAAGUCAACAGUCGGUUAUUUAAAAUGUUGAAAUGAAUAUUAAUGCCAACAGCCAUGUCAUGUUGUGUAUAAACAGUAAUUAGUUAAUUUUUUUUGUUGUUUGUUUUGUUAUUUAUUAUUUUAAAAUAAGUAUCUCGUUAUUUCAGUAAAUUGACCUAAUUUUAGCAUUUGUACUUAAUUUUUUUAUACUAUUUACACGGUAAAUGAAAAUGAUGUCAAUUCAGCGCUUUAAAUAACGUAUCUUAAACUGAAAUCAUAUUUAAAGGAAUCUCUGUCGAAUUACCCCAUGACGUUUAAAAGGUAGUAAACUAGUAAACCUUCAUUCUUUUUGAAGAUACAAUUGUUCACCUUGUACUACCACUUCUUCAUCAACGUAUCUUGCUAUAAAGAAAAAUUAAGUUAACAAAUUAUGAAGAAUAUACAUAUAUAUUUAUAAAGUAAUAUUAUUAUCGAAAAUGUAAUCUUAUAAUUCCUGGGCAGCUUUAAUUUACAAGUCGUUUGCCAUUGUUCUGAUGUCUUAAAUGGGGACAUUUGAAAUAUUACAAAUGAAUCUGAUGUGAUAAAGUAACGAAGAUAGUUUGUUUUCUGGUACUAAUAUUUAAUGUUCCAUAUUAUGUGCUGUGAUUUUUUAAACAUAUUAUAUUCGUGUUAAUGAUUGAACAUUAUUAUUUUACAUACAAAAGAAUAUGUAUAUGUAUACACGAUAUAAACUGAAUGUUGCAUAAGCCACUCAGAAAAUGAAUGAUUAAAAAUAUUUUGCACGUAACUGUUAUGUACUUAAGUAAUCUAAAGAGCCAAUUUCCCGAAAGCUACAACAUGCUUAACUAUUUGAAACUAGCAAUCUACAUCGUCCUCUACCCCUAUUUUCUCCCGUUUCUGCUUCUAGCAUGUCUCUAAUUAUCCCUUUAUUGUUUUAUUGUGUUUCUUUUUUUUUCCAUUACUUCUUCAUUUGCUGUCCACGAUAUUUUCAUUAUCCACCACAUUUCAAUUGCUUCCAUAUCUAUUAUUUCCCACCCCACCCAUCGGUUACGGUUCGCACAAAAAAAAAUCAGAGAUUUAAAUUAAGUAUAAUAUUUUCUUCAUAAAUGUAAAUGCAUCCCUGUCCGCUUCUGCAUUGUUUAUUCGGGAUUCUCUUAUUUACAAUUCCAACCUUUAAGUACUAAAGUUAAAAAUUUUGUUAGUAUAAGGUGCUAAAUAGGUAAAUUAGAUCAUAUAUUAAUGAGGUACAAAUGUAAAGAAAUGUGAAAUGAAAAUAAGCAAAACGACUAGUUGUUAAAGUUUGCCAAAUAUUUUAUUACGGAUUUUAAAAAUAAUAGCAAAAGUUCAAAAUUAUUUAAAUAUAGUUAGUGUUAAUUUAGUACUUAUUUAUGUUGAAAAUAACAAAUUUUUUCCUCCCAAAAAUAAAUAUUUCAUCUUCAGUAAGACAAAAGCUAUGUUUCAUUAUCUAGAUGGUGUAGUAAAAAAUUGUUCUUAGAAAUGAGGAAGAAAUUGUUUUAGGGUCCAAAUGUUGCCAUUUUUUGAGUAAAAAAUUUGCAAUUUUCUGCUUAAUUAAAAUGAACGUAUUCUUAUUGCAAAAAUUAAUUUUGCUUUAAAUGCUUCCGUUCUAUUGCUUUGUAAGUCUGUGAUGAAAAUAUGUUGCGCUUGUUUUUUUAUUUUGUUAUAAACUUUUACUUCGGUCAAUUUUACAAAUAUGUAUUUCCGUAACCAUAUCAUUGUACAUGUAUAAAUAUUUUGUACGUCAAUUUAAAACAGAAUAAAAUAUUUUAACAAUUAAUUUUAUUAAAGACUAUGU